AGAAGAUAGAGCCCUCGUCCUCAGCAUCAGUGUGAUGUGAGACUUCGCGCGCUGAGCAUCUCGCAGUGUCACCCAAAGUUAGUUAGGAACCUGUGCAGGGCCUGCAGAUCACCUUCAGAUGGACCCCAGCCGCAGGAGACAGUGCGGUCCGCAGCCGAGUGCUGGUCCCGUGCAGGCAUUGCCACAUGAAUCAUAUUUCAAAACAUUCAUCUCGCACUCCUAUUAAUAACACAACGAAAUAGUAUUUUUGGUGUUGCUCGUUCGGAUGAGAAACAAUCAGUCUGCGUGGUUCAGUGUUUAAUACUAAGUAAAUAGUGGACUUGUCUAUGUAAAUUGCGUGUGAUUACGGGGCAGGUGUCAAAUUAACACCUGAUUGUAUCAGUGCGAGUGCCAGUGAUACGAGAUAGGGAACAGUGACGGAGGUCCUCUGUAUGAAAUUAUCGAGUUAAUUUAUCAAGAAAAUUUCCCAUUGGAUACACACGUCGAAAUUGUAAUCAAGCGUAAGACAUAAUGAGGUGAUAAAAGUUGUCGAGUGGCAGCAGCGAGACAUUAGAAGGACACCUUUCCAGCACUGCGAAUUUUACCUGUGAAAAUUUGUGGCAAGCAGCAUGAUAUUGAAUACGAGUUUGGAGGGAAAUUAGGUGUGUCGGUGAGAGAAUUGCGAUAGAGGGAUAUAGAUUUUUCUCCACAAACCCGCGCGUUCAAUAUAGAUAUUCAACAGUCACUGAAGAGGAACAAAUGGCAAUGAGAGUGUCACCUGUGCAGUGUCGUCGAAACCUCUAGCAAAAAUGUACGCUUUGGCCCUUGUAAGGGCCCUCAUCUUGGCCCAUCUCUUCACAAUUGUAGCACCAGCAGGAGAAGCUGACUACACGCUGGAUGAUUCUUUCUGGAAUGAGGAGAGUCCUGUUGGUGAGGUGGAACGACUACUGAAGGAGUACCGCCAAAACCAAGAGCUCGUGGGACGAAUUGGGAGCCACUACUACCAAAUUAUCUAUCCGGUUCAGCUUCGCCACCAUGAGAAGAUGGGCAUCUCGACGCGAGAAGUGGGCGCCUCAAAGGUACGAAAUCGUUUACGAAAACGUGAUAGUGUAAAUACGUUCCCACAGCGAGGUGGUACCGGAAGUGGAAGCGGCGGUAGUGGCUAUGACGGCACAUACCAAGGGGGCCGUGGAAGAUCAAGGACUGGCAAGCACUUCCACCGGACAUCGCUGCUGAUUAAAGCAUUCAAUCACAAAUUCCGUCUGGAUUUAGAGCUAAACACGCAACUUUUGGCGCCAAAUAUGAUGCAGAAGCACUAUCUACCCACAGGAUAUCCCCAGGACUCACAUAGGGAAAUUGAGCACUGCUACUAUCAUGGAACUGUGAAGGAUUAUCCAGGUGCCAGUGCAGCCUUUCACACCUGCAACGGUGUCUCCGGAGUCAUUCACGUGGGCAACGAAACGUUUGUUAUUCACCCUUUCUACGGUGGCGAUCUAUCGCAGAAGCACCCGCAUAUAAUUUUCGAGGCUCGCACUAAGGCAAACAAAGGCUGUGCCAAUUCCGGCAAUCUGGAGUGGCGAAUGCCACGUCCCAGGAAACCAUCCCAUGGCUCAGGUCUGGUAGAGGCGCCGGAUCCCAACGGGGCGGGCCGCUAUCGCAGAGACGUCCGGGAGGCCACAAAGUACAUUGAGACGGCACUCAUUAUCGACAAGGCGAUGUUCGAGAAGAGAAAUGGCAGUACAAGAGCCGAGGUGGUUCACGAUGCCAUUCAAGUUGCCAACAUUGCAGAUUUGUACUUUCGCACACUCAACACCAGAGUCUCAGUGGUGUACAUAGAAACAUGGCAGCAGUCGAAUAAGGCGCAAAUCGAUGGGGGAAAGGACAUAAGUAGGGCAAUUUCCAAUUUUAACGAUUAUACGUCUAGGAAUUUAUUUAAAAUUGACAAAGAUACAACGCAACUUUUAACGGGUGAAACGUUUGCGGGCGGCGAGGCGGGCAUGUCGGUUCCGGAGACUGUGUGCACCCCAAAGGCUGUGGGAAUCAGUGUGGACAUCAACGUGUACGAGCCUCAUCUGCUGGCGGGCACAAUGGCCCAUAUGAUCGGCCACAACAUCGGCAUGGGACAUGAUGAUGGACGCGAAGAGUGUUACUGCCGCGACUGGCACGGCUGUAUAAUGGCGCAGUCAAUUGUGGGCUCAGACAAUGUCCAACCGUACAAAUUCAGCGAGUGCAGCCGCUCAGACUACAUCGAUGCACUGCGGAUUGGUCAUGGCCUGUGUUUGCUCAACAAACCCAAUGAGCUCGAGGUGAGGCGCAACUGUGGCAAUAGGAUUGUCGAGGAAGGCGAAGAGUGCGACUGUGGAUCGUUUGAGGAAUGCGACGAGAAGGACCCCUGCUGUGAUCCCAUCACGUGCAAGCUCAAGAAGGAAGCUGAGUGUGCAAGCGGUCCAUGUUGCGACCAUUGCCAGCUAAGGAAACAGGGACAAAUCUGUCGCGACUCUACGAACGAGUGCGAUCUGCCGGAAUUCUGUACUGGGGACAGUGGCUUGUGUCCUCAGGAUGUGUUCAUAAAAAACGGCAAUCCAUGUGGCGGAUCUGAGCAUCUCGCAACUCCACACACGGGGUACUGCUUCAACGGCCAGUGUCCCACGAUGGCAUUCCAAUGUGAGAAGAUUUGGGGAUACGGCGGCACAGCGGCGGAUCGCCAGUGCUAUGAGCAAUUCAACAGAAAGGGUACAAUGAACGGCCACUGUGGCAUCGAUGCCAAUGGGGAGUUUAAGAAGUGUGAGCCGGAAAACAUUCUCUGCGGCUCUCUGCAAUGCAAAGAGGGUGAGAGACAGCCUAUCAUCUUCGGUACUGACGAUCUCUACUCCACAACAAUCAUUUCCAUCAAGGGUGUCGAAUAUGAGUGCAAGGGAACCAGUGGUACGCUUAUGUCUUCCGAUUUACCACCGCAUGGACUUGUGAGGGACGGAACACCCUGUGGAGACAAUUUGAUCUGCGUGAAUCAAACAUGUGUCAGUAUCUUCCCUCAUAUUGAUCAAACCAAGUGUCCCUCGAAUCAGAACAAUCACGAAUGUUCCGGACAUGGGGUUUGUACAAAUACCAAUAAGUGCUUUUGUGAUUUCGGUUGGGGUGGGCCCGACUGUUCAAUAUCGAUUCCAUUGACGACUUUAGCGCCCACCCCAGUGCCGCCACCCUCCAACAGUACACUCAAAAUGGAGCGGAAAAUUGUGACUUACGAGAACUACCAUGGUUCCAAUACUGUGUUUUUAGUCGGUAUACUUAUGUCAAUAGUUGGGUUCGUUUUUGUUACAUUCACCCUCAUGGCAUUGUGCUACAGGUCAGUUGUAGUACACGAAAACUUCUCCUUGUGUCUGAGGAAGACCACGCGACUCAAGUAUGACCCCCCUUAUGUUAAAAAGCCUAUUGCUAAGACUUACGGAGGCGCCGCCACUGCCAAUCAUCAUUCGGUAGAGGAAGUUUCGCUGGAUGGAUCAAAUAAGCUAAUAACAUAUGGGAAUCAGGCAACAUUUAGGGAGCACAAGAUGCAACUGAGAAGAGCUGCAGGGUCAGUUGGAGAGGAGGAUGCUGCACAUGCGGAGAAAAGUGGCAUCCUCAAGAAGCAUCCGUACGGCUUCAUCAUUGCGGAUGGAGGCGCCGGGGCGAAGGACAAGUGGGUGGAGGACGGUCAAUCGGACAACAUGGAGCUGAUGGCGACGCAGUCGGAGGGCGUCGUGGGGCCCCAAGUGGUCGGGGUGCCGCAGGGCGGCGUGGCGGCGUCCGAAGUGGAGCGCACUCUCAAGAGCUUGAACGGCUAUCACGAGGACAUCCUGGAGGCACUGCGGAAUGCCGCCUCGCAUCGAGGCACCGGUGCCGGAAACACGCCCUCGGGCAGCGGAAGCAUCAGCGAGGAGCUGCUGAGGAAGACGCUCCAAGAGUGCAACACGGCCACGCUGGGCUAUUCAGAGUACAAGCGCGGCAGCGGUUCUAAAGCUUCCUCCAAGGAGAACAUCUGUGACGGCAUUCAGCCCCAUCCGGUGAUGGUGGAGCCCAGCCAGUCCGGCACAAUGCUACAUCACCACAGGGGCCCGCUGGGCCCCGAGAUGGAGGACGACGGCGGCCCGUCAGUGGGCCCACUGCGGAUUCGCAAUCUCGAGGAUUUGAUUAGGCAACUGGAGCAUCACUCGUCGCGCCACAUGAGUCCCAGUGGCUCGGAGGACAUUCGGAUGUCGGAAACAGAAGCGGAUCGUCACUAUCGUCUGGACAGCUCGGCGGCCUGUAGUGAAUCAUCUCAAGGAUCCACCCAGCAACUGGCGCAGCAACAGAAAACCGCUACAAUUCUGCCCUCGUAUAGCAGCCGCUGCCGCCCGCGGUCCGACGAUGAGAGCCGCUUCGUGUACGGCCGCUAUCGGCAUCCGCCGCAGCCCAACCGCCAUCCCGCCCACCAGGCUCACUCGCCGCACUCUUUCACGCACCACACGCACCACGGCCACGCUCACGGGCACGGCUCGCACGGUGCGCACUCGUCGCACCAUUCCUCGCACACGCACCUGCAUCAGGACGAGGAGGGCAUCUACGAGUCGGCGGACAGGAACGUGGUGGACAAUCGAGUGGACAGGGACACGCCCGAUAGUGAGAGUGAUGACUUUAUUCAAGCUCAACAACAGUUAGCCCGGUGGGCGAGUGAGGAUGUCGUUUCCGUGGUGGUACUGGACCCCGGUACGGAUUCAACCGGCAUCGGGCCCUCCUCAACGGCUACCAUCCACGGCGAGCAACCAUCACUGGGGACGAGUGGGCUCAGCAUCGGCGCGAGGGACUACUACCCCUCACCCCCGUCCACGGAGACAGAGAGCAGUGGCAGUGUCAUCCAGCCUACGCAGAGACUCUCUCAGACUGCGGCCCAGCAACGAGUCGGACACUUAGUCGACGGCCAAGGCGACAUCAACGGCCAACCAAUGGAGAAUACAGGACGAUAUCCCGAGUAUAAGCACUGAUAAUGACUAAGGGGGCCGCACAUCCCCUCCAUGUGAUUUUCGAUGUGUGUAUAAACUGGUAGUUAUUUGUUAAGGGCAUUUUUAGGCGAUACAGAGGAGAACAUCGGCGAUCGCGCAAACAUGGUUCUAAAGAAAUCAUCAUAAUAUAGGCUAGGACUACGUGAAACCACAUCAAUACAGAAAUACAUUAACACACCCGUACAUAAAUAUUUAUUAGUGUCGAAGGAAAUAUACUGAAUACACCAAUCCGGAAAUGGAAUUGCGGAGCGUUGCGGCGAUGUCUGUCCCUUGAACUUGUCUCUAUUUUGUGACACUUUUGGAAACAAAACACUUUAAUAGUCUCUAAACUAAACAUAUCACGAAGGCAUAAUUUAACUUACUUUGCAUUUCAGCCACCUAAAGAUUUCAGAGUUUGUUUACUAGACAAGUUAGUGACUUCUUCUCGAAUCUGUACACGUCAGAGGACACGAAUAUCGCCACAAAAGCUUCACAAGCGAGCAUACAAGCGACAUACUACAAGUAAUAAAUAAAAAAUUGUCAUAUGAGAACAGCAGAAAUAGUAAUCGAAAGUAAAAUUAUGAGGAAAAUGGAAAAUACGUAUAGUAUAUAUUUUAUUUUGAAAUGAAUGAAAUGUCAAGUCAAUUUUAUAUUAAAAUAUGAAAAUUAUUGAUGAUAGUGAAGUGAGAAAAAGAAAUAUGUAGUGAGCCGAGAAAAAUAUGUAAAUGUACUAUUGAUAAAUACAGAGAACAACAAACAACCCAUUGUAUUUGCGAUGGGAGAACGGAUUCUAAAUAACGCAUAAAAUUAUAAAAAAAAAUUUAUGUAGAGUAUAGGAUUAACGUGAGUCGCAGAACAAAUCAUGUCAUUAUAAAGUAUUGAAGGUGGCAAAACUGAGGAUAUGAUAAAAGUAUAGAGAAAUAUAUACGCAUUAAAGAAUAUGAUCGUGUUAUGUUGAGAAUUUAUUAAAUUUAUUCAUCGACAAUUUCGACAGGACAAACACAACAGCAAGAGGCAUAGGUAAAAGUCCAGAAAGUGAGUAAUUUUUCAUUCUCAAGCAUAGGAACUGAAAAGAGGCUUGCAGCAACAUCUUUGCUCAAAUUCAAUACAGAAAAUAGUCGAUCGUGUACGAUUUAAGGAAAAUAAACAAUGUGGACAAUGUGUUAAAGAAGGAUAUAUUUAAGGUGGUAAUGGAAACCAAAAAAACGUAAUUCUAAAAAAAAUAAACAUAAUAGUUGCUGUAUAUAAAUAAAAUGAAAAAAAAUACUGAUAUUGAGCGUAUUUUAUAAGAAUUAUAUAAUCAAUUACACGUUACUGAAGAGUGGAAGAACAUGAUGAUGAAUUAUUUGUAUUAAAUUAGAUACUAUAUGAAAUUGAAAUAAUAUCGAAAGUCUGUACAUAGUAGUGAGAUAUUGAAGAUAAAAUGUUCCGAAUCGCCGUUGACAGUGUUACUUUUAUUAUAAGAGGAUUUAUUAAGCAAAUGAUCUAUUAAGUUAAAUCCGUGUUUUAUAAAUUCAUUCAACACUUAGGAAUCGUGAGUGUUCUUAUUUUCGAAAGGAGAAGCUUUGGAAGAGUCACCCAGAAGGCAUUCGUGAAUAAAAUUUUCCAUGAGUAUUAACACGAUUAACACUAAUUACAUAAAAUGGCUAUGAAACUACAUUCCAGAUAAGCGCGUGCAGCAACUGUCAAAUGUGAGAUCUGUCCCCGCAAAUUUAUUGAUAACAGUAUGUAAAAAAAAUGAGAAAGUAAUAAUAUAACGAAAGUAUUCAAUGUUGAAAAAUCACUUGCACGUUCCCAGAACUCAAAAAAAAACACACCCAUACAUCACUUGACUAAAACUUUACACUUGAAGGAAUACAUUUUAUUUAAAUGUCUGAUAACAUUCAUCAUGUAAAUAGUCAACAUCAAAAACGAUUCGCAGUAAUAACUUAUGUAGUACUUGUCUAUACAGAGGAAAACCACAUUGAGAAAAAAUAUUGACAGCGUAACUUUGAGUAAUAAAAAGAGGUAUUGCAUAGUGUAAAUAUUAGAACAAUACUUAAAAUAAUUGGAUGAUAUGAAUGUAUAGUGACUCGGUUUCUAUUUAUUCAUACAAAAAAAUGAGAAUCUAGCAAAUAGAUAUUUACAAAAAUGACUAAUUGAAAAGAAUCCGCUGUAAACCUGAACGACAGCAUUGAGAACCGAGAGAAAUUUGCAUCUAAGAAAAUAAUGGCAAUGAAGCGAAAAGCGAAAGUAAUAUUUCGUGUAAAAUCAAAUUGACGCAAAAUCAAAUAUAAAAGUAAAAAAAUGGUGUGUAAAAAGUAUUUCACAAUAAAACAUAAAUAUGAAAUUGAGCUUACAAUUCAAUAAUAAAUUAAUUGCCAGGAAACCAAGCAAAUAUAGAAACUUGAUUAUUUAUCAAAUGCCAUAAUAUUAUUUAUUUCAAUUAGGCCAUUAAAGCACGCAAAUUUAAGUAACUUCUAUAUUUUAUUUUGUAAUAAUGUGCCAAAGGCAAUAAUUAAUUUAAAAAUGACACGUAAAAUAAGGAAUUACCACACAUUGCUUAUAGUUUCUUUUAAAAUACUCAAUUGGAACAUAAUUGCACACCAGGAUUUUCCACUAACCCACAUUCUAACUCACUCGAUAAAUGCGGAAAAAUAUUAUUGCAAAAUUAAGUGAAUAACAAUAGAAAUUGUUCAACAACACAGAGAAUGGGAAUGCAAAAAGAGAAAGUGAAUCAUAUAGGAAUGAUUAGAAAACUAAACAUAAGGAAAAUAAGAAGUAGGUUAAAGGAAACGGUAAUGAAAACAGAAUUAAAUUUAUAUCGUUUUGAUUCAGAUGAGUGUUUUAUAAAAAUGAUGAAAAAGACAAAAAUUUAGUAAAUUUUCAUAAUCGAGUAUCGAAUUAUGUAUAUAUAAAGAAAAGGAACAGAAAUACUAAUGUAUUAAUAAAAAAUGCAAUUUAGAA